AGGGCACCAAAACCAUCCGCCUCAUUUACAGACAGAGAGCCUUUUACCCCCCUCGAGAUCACUCGUCGGCUCUGCUUUCUUCCACACUCAGACACGGAAACUUCGUGUGGUGUGAUACGAGCUUGGAUUAUUUCAUUUUGGAGGGAUUCGGCUGCUAAAAUAGGUUACGAGGCUCGGUGCAUGGACGUAACCCGAGGGUCCCUCUCGCUUUCUCUCUCCGGCUUUAAACUCAACUCUGCUUGGGGAUUCAGUCCUGGGCUUUGCUCCCUGGAUCUUCGGACGAGGCUCAUCGCUGCCAGCAGACCACAUCCUCUGCAGACGAGGGGGCAUAUUUAGACGAUAACGGAUAAGAAAACCCUCCGCAAGCCUUUUGGUGGAGAGCCCUACUCUGUGCAGUCGGAUCAAGGACUUUGUGGAUUAAUGCUCUUGAAGACACAUAGCCUGGGCGAGCGUCGGUUUUCAUGGGAUAAUUGUGAUAGAGUCUAGGCUUAAUUAGGCCCCGGUUUGUUUUCAUUUCUGCCACGGCGAUUGCGCACAGACCUAAAGAUGUUUUGACAAUGUUUAUGAGCUGAAAAUCGCCACUGAUAGUUGUUUAACAGGGGUCAGUUCUCAGCGAGCUCAGGCUGCACAUCUCCAAGUGAAUAAUUAGAACACACUGAGGCUACAUGCUGCUGUGUUGGAGCAGAUUUCUCCUGCUGUUAUAGACGCAUAUACGCUGCUAGAUUCACCAUUAUAGGCGAGUCUUACACGCCCGGAGGUGAUGGUUAUUUAUCCCCCACGGGAAAGCUGACUGUCCCGUGAACCUCCACUGCUUUUCGGUGAUAUAGUCUGCAGGAGAAGGCGACAGAGACUGGCGUAUGCUACAGAUUUCCUCUGCUUCUCCAGCUCCCAGUUUUUCCACCGUCUUUUCUCAGGCUGCUUGUCAUUGCCUGGACUCGGAUCCCGGAAUCUUCAUGAUUUGCGGACACCAUGCUCGUUUUUUAGCCGGGGAACCCUCUUUUCGUCCCGCAUGUUUAGGACCAAACGAUCGGGGCUCGUCCGGCGACUCUGGAGGAGCCGUGCGCCCGUGGAGGGCGACGGGGAGGCGGAUAGAGGGACGCAUGGCUCCGGGGGCUGCUGCAUGGGCAAAGCGACAAAGGUGGCCAAGUCCAACGCCGGGUCGGAGGCUGAAUUAAAGGCGUUGACCCACUCCAUACUAAAAAAAAUCAAAGAGAAACAAUUAGAGGUGCUGUUGCAGGCGGUGGAGUCCAAGGGGGGUGCCCGAAGCCCCUGCUUGCUCCUGCCCAGCAAAGUGGACGCGAAAGUGGGUCAACAGUCUUACUCUCUCCCCAUGCUGCUCUACAAAGUGUUCAGGUGGCCGGACCUCAGGCAUUCCUCGGAGCUGAAGAGGCUGUCUUGCUGUGAAUCCUACGGGAAAAUCAACCCAGAGCUCGUUUGCUGCAACCCGCACCACAUGAGCAGGCUUUGUGAACUCGAGUCUCCUCCUCCUCCAUAUUCUCGCUAUCCCAUGGACUAUCUUAAACCACCAGAUUCUCCAGACUCUGGACCUUCAUCCAGUGAUACUGGGGGAACGACAUACUCAGCCCCUGUGGGGCUUUCAGAUUCCCUAGCGUUGCAGGAGUCUGGCGAGCGGGCCCAUUGGUGCGUGGUGGCAUACUGGGAGGAGAAGACACGCGUCGGGCGCCUCUACUCAGUCCAGGAGCCCUCUCUGGACAUCUUCUAUGAUCUACCUCAAGGGAACGGCUUCUGCCUGGGCCAGCUCUGCUCAGACAACAAGUCCCAGCUGGUGCAGAUGGUGCGGGCCAAGAUCGGCUACGGCAUCCAGCUGACGCGUGAGUCAGACGGAGUGUGGGUCUACAACCGCAGCUGCUACCCCAUCUUCAUCAAGUCGGCCACACUGGACAACCCAGACUCACGCACGCUGCUGGUGCACAAGGUGUUCCCCGGUUUCUCCAUCAAAGCUUUUGACUAUGACAAGGCCGGCAGCCUGCAGAGGCCAAACGACCACGAGUUCACGCAGCAGCCUCGCACAGGCUUCACGGUCCAGAUAAGCUUUGUGAAAGGCUGGGGACAGUGCUACACCAGACAGUUCAUCAGUAGCUGCCCGUGCUGGUUGGAAGUCAUCUUCAACACCCGAUAGCAGCAGCCUUCCUCUUCUUCACCCUCCUCACCCCCUUCACAAAACAGACUACACCCACUUUCCUUGUUUUUUUUGUUCCAGAGGUUCAAACAGAAAAAAAGUUUUAAAAGAAGAAGAAUGUAUAAAAUUCUGACGGACUUUGUUUAAUAAAUGAGUAAGAUUUAAUUAAAUAAAAUAAGAAGCGAAAAAUGUAUUUUAUGUUAUAUAUAAAUAUAUUAUUAAUUGUAAAUAUGAAGACGUUUUAUAUGCAUCAUUAUUUAUGUAUUGUGCAAUGUGUUGAUGAGAAAAAGAAAAUAAGAUGCACUUUGCUUAAUAUAAAUGCAAAACAAAGAAAUGCCAAAAUUAAAAAAAAAUAC